AUGGACCAAGACUAUGUGUACAGAGGGGGCAAGGGUGGGCCAUCAUGCCUUGGAACAAACAUCACUUUGGGUCUUUUCACUGAAGGGAAGCUCCUGACACUGUCACCCUUGGAAAAGAAAGACUUGGUUAGUGAUUAUGCUCCCCUGGGGGUUUUGAAUUUGGGAAAGAAACUGAUCUUGAAGACCAGUUACCUUAAUGACCUUGCUCCAUUGCUGCCAACUGACCUAAUGUUUCUGGAGUAUAAAGGAGUUUUACCUGGAAUCUCUGGCUAUUUCAUUGCCAGCUCCACCAUCCUGGGGCAAGCGGUGCUGUCCAGGCAAAAGGUGCUUCUGGAUGAGCUGCAGAGCCAGUUGGAGCUUCUCGUUGGCUGCUCAGUCUGUACCAAGCCAUUGGAUAACACCACCUAUGUAUGGCAUAUCAUAGAUCACCAUUGUCCUGGUGAGAUCCUCCUUGCAAGAGCCAAGGGAACUCCUCCAUACCAAGGGUGGAGGAAGGUUCGACGUAGGCCCAUCUUCCCCAAGCCCAGACACUAUGAAGAGUGCCACUACUACAGACGUGAGACAGGCUGCAGGAGACAUAACCAGUGCACAUUUGCCAGCAGUCCAGAGGAAGCAGUGGUCUGGACUUUUGAGAGGCAGAACUACAUUCCCAGAUUAUGGCUAAAAGCUGAAGUAAAGAACAGCUUGUACCACUGGACCCCCAGGAGCCAGAGAACAGUUGAGAAAAUUUGGGCAGAAUUUGGAGGCUAUUUUCAGGAAAUCUGUAAGGCCUGCUUUGAGAACUGCCCUCCACGAGUGACCCACUGGGGUCCAAACCGGGUGUGCCCAGAGCAUUGCUCUUCUGGCUGCAUUCUGGUACAUGUAACGAGUGAGGACCAGCUAGUGGAGAUCAGGCCUAAGCCCCUGAGAAGAGGUCUCUUACUAGAAUAUUGUAUGGUUGUGUCUCGAGGACAGCCGUGUCAGCAGGGGGCUGCCAACUGUAGCUAUGCUCAUAGCCAUGUAGAGAUGGCAGUGUGGGAAGCUGAGGCUAGUGACUACUUGUCUCGACCUGACUUGAUUCGAGCCACAUUGGAGUCUGGAGGAAGGACCAGGGCCAGUGGAGUGGAUGGCAGUGGUGAUGGGAGUCCAGAUUCUUCAGCCCAGAUCCAACUGUCCUGCCAGGCCUGCCAUGUGACCUUGGGCUCUCAAGAGAAUUUCAAGAAUCACUGCUCCUCCCAAGAGCACAAACUGAGAGUAUCCUAUGCCCAGGGGGCCCUAUGGGAGCAUCGACCCCCCAGCAUCACAGUCAGUGAAUUCAAACUGUGCCCCAGACAGGGUAGAUGUCCCUACAGAGAUGGAUGCACCAAAGCACACUCUCUAGGAGAGCUGCAGGAAUGGAUUCUUCGGGCACUGACCAUGCAGAUGACAGAAGACUCAGCCUGGAAGCAUGGACUCCUCUUCUUCCAGGACCAGUUUUUCCGUGAACACCCAGACAGUGGCAAUGAAGUGCUGGUGAGAUCUAGGUCUGUACGUGACAUAACCAUUCACUAUGGCCAGCCCUUACAGUGCCAGGAAGAGGACAAGAAAUCACACCGCCGUUGGAAAUUUAUCAUCCAUUCCAAGGGCCAACGACCACUGAAAUCUGUAGCCCUCCUCAAACAGCAUAUGGGAGCAAUGUUCUCCUUGGUGGGUCCUGGGCUUCCACCAGGACAGUUUUGUGCCCAAGGCUCAAGGUUCCGGGUGCAUGAUGCUGCAGUGAUGACCUUCCAUGUGGAGGUACAUGUGGAGUGUAUCGCCACUGGCAGUUACGAUCAGUGGGUGGCCUUUGACUUUGGACGACGGCCUGUCCUAAUACAGAAGCUACACGUGCAGGUAGGCCAGAAGGAGGUCCCUGAAAUGCUGCCCACCUGUAUCCAAGACCACGGUUGUCUACUGAAGAUGAUCCACUGGCAUAGUGGGACUCGUUGUGUGGUGCCCAGUGUAGCCAGGACAGCUGAGGAGGUGAACCUACUAGCCAAAUACAAUGUGAGCUCCCAAGAAAUGAACAACUACAAGUCGAUGGCUUCGACCCAGAUCCCUAUAACUCUGGCCAACUAUCGGGACAGGAUGCACCAAUUCUUGUAUGUGGAGGAGGAGGCUCAGCAACAGCUGAUGGACAGACUGAACCUUCAGGUGGAAGGCAGAUUGUCCUCCAAGGUGCAGACCUCAGCAAUGGGCAUGAAGUUUGAAGCACAAGAGAAAUCACUUGUCACAGGACGAAUUCCUUGCUCCCUGACACUGGACACAGACCAGGGCUCCUUGCUAAGCAGGGCCAUUAGCACUGCUUAUGUGGCACCUAUCCCUGCCCCUGACAACUGUGUAUAUGAAGUUCAGGUGAAGGUCAAGACCACUUUGGAGCAAAAUGUGUGGCUCCUACUGCCAAGCCACUGCUGUUCUGCUUUGGGACUUAAGGAUGGAGAUUCUCAGCUUAUGGAAAUCCAGUUUCAAAUUGACAGAAUAGUCUUUGGGAGGUGGCAUCAAGCCAUCGACACACUCCAUGAUGUGAGAGUGGUGUUACCUGACAUAGCUGCCUGCUCUCUGCCUUCUUUGACUCUGCCUACCCAGGAUAUCAUCUGUAAUGUAAAACAGAAGCAGGCCAUCUCCUACAUCACAGGCACAGCCAGUGGGAAGAGACAAGUGCCUCCACUGCUCAUUUACGGCCCAUUUGGGACAGGCAAGACAUAUACACUAGCCUGGGCCUCGCUGGAGGUGAUCAAACAGCCAAAUACCAAGGUGUUGAUCUGUACCCACACCGAGAGUGCUGCUGAUGUUUACAUCCGGGAGUACUUUCAUGCCUAUGUCACAGCUGGACACCCUGAGGUCAUGCCCCUGAGGGUCAAGCUCACUGAGGACUUCCAUGAGACAGACCCAGCCGCACUGCAGUACUGCUGCCUCUCAGAAGACAGGUGUUCCUUCCGCUUCCCAACACAGGAUGAGCUUGAGCAGCACCCCAUUAUUAUCACUACCGCCACCUCAUCCCGAAACCUUGGUGUGCCACCUGGCUUUUUUUCCCACAUCCUCAUUGAUGAGGCUGCUCAGAUGUUAGAGUGUGAAGCCAUAAUGCCACUGGCUUAUGCGACCCAAGACACACGCAUUGCCUUGGCUGGGGACCACAUGCAAAGCACCUCCAAACUCUUCAGUGUGGGGAACAGGAAGUCUGCUGACCAUUCACUAUUUAAUCGGCUGUUCCAGUACUACCAGCGGGAGACUCACCAAUUGGCUUCCCAGUGCAGGAUCAUCUUCCAUGAAAACUACCGUACCACCAAAGCCAUCAUUUCCUUUGUGUUUCACAAUUUUUAUGGGACCAACAAAAUCCCUGUUGAGGAUAGUGGAAUCCCUGAACAUCCCUGGCAGUACCCACUUUUGUUGUGCUAUGUGUCUGGUACUCCUGAGAAAGAUAGCUCAAUGACAUCAUGGUUAAACAAUGCUGAAAUAGUGGAGGUCAUUAAGAGGGUGCAGGAAUUCUAUCAAGGAUGGGUCUACCAAUGGGGCAGCCCUGAUCAGAAGCAAAUUUGUGUUGUGUCUCAUGGUUCUCAGGUAAAAAAACUGAAGGAGGAACUGAGGAAGAAGCAACUGGGAGAAGUGGUAGUAGAGAAUUUUGAAAAUGUGUCAGGUCGUGAGUUCCGAGUAGUCAUCAUCAGCACUGUACAUACCCAGGACAGCCUGCUCAGCAACUCAGCCACCCACUUGGAAUUUUUCAAUGAGCCCCAACUACUUAACACAGUGAUGACCAGGGCCCAAUCACAGCUGGUUGUCGUAGGUGAUCUCAGAGCUCUAUGUGCCUUUGGACACUGCAGAGAGAUAUGGAAGAACUUUAUUCAAAAGACAUUUGAGCAAGGCAAUGUGCUUCCUUCAUUCCUCAAAAUGAAAGACAUGGAACAAAGUUCCUUGCUGCGAUUGACCUGGAUAAACAGACUGAACCCUGGGGCUGCAGUCAGGGAGGACUUCUUAGAGAAGGAGGAUAAUCACAAUGUCAUUACUUCCCAGAUGUCUGACACUGAACUCAGUGGUGAUGACCCUCUGUUGCAGGAGUUGCUGGAUGAAGGAAAAAAAUGUGGCAGAAAGAGUAUCUGAGAAAUAGUGGGAUUGGCUACUGAUUUGAUAUUCCAUGACCUAUCUUCCCUCCAUUAUAAUAGUAUUUAAGCUUUCUUGUCCCAGUGUUGUAGACAUACCUACACCGAGCCCAAGAUAGAACCUAGAAUAGCUGUGCACUGAUUAAGUAGGCCUUACAUGUUGCCAGAAAUAUAGCUUAAAGGUUUAGAUAAUGGCAGGGAAUUUACCUCUUUGUAAAUCUUGGGACAAAACACAUAUAGUAUGUUAAAUGUUGUUGCUAGGUUACAACAUACUCAGACUUAUGUUCAAUGGUCACUAAAUAUUACUCUCAUACCCUGGCAUAGGCAACUUUGCUGGCCUUGAUUUGUCCAAUGCAACUGCCACGAUAGCCACUUGGGAUAAACUUUAACUGAUCAUCUCUGCCACAUGAACCUUCAACAACUGGAAGUGUCCAUGUGUACAAAUCCUGCUUAAUUAAGAGUUGGAUAGGGGCAUCUAGGUGGCACAGUGGAUAAAGCACUGGCCCUGGAUUCAGGAAGACCUGAGUUCAAAUCCAGCCUCAGACACUUGACACUUACUAGCUAUUUGACCCUGGGCAAGUCGCUUAACCCUCAUUGCCCCUCAAAAAAAAAAAAAAAAGAGUUGGAUGUGCAUAAUCAAUGGUUUUCCCUGGCCUCAGAACACCUAUUCGGAUUGUACUGAUGAUAUCUAAAAUCAUGAAUAUGCUGGAACUGUGUACAAGAGAUAGGUUUGCAAUAAAAUGUAAACUGUAAAUAUA